AUGAGAAUAAAUGACAAGGACGAGAUUGUGAACAUUUUGUUUACAGUAUUUUUGGUAUUAUUACAACAAUUAUCUCUAUUAUUUAUAAUAUUGAAUAGUACAAAAAAUUAUAUGUAUUUAAUAUUUAUGGUUGUUGAUAUAUGUUUAUGUUUAUAUAUAAUAUGUAGUCUUUACGAUAAUAAAAAUGCAGGUGUGAAGAUAUCAAAUCAAUGGAUGAUAUAUAUGAUAACGUUAAGUAUGAAGAUGACAAGUUUUUGUUUUUUUAUAAAAGAUAAGAUAGAGAUAAAUGAUAAUAAAGACAGUAUUUUUUUAAUAUAUUUUAGUAAUGAUAUAUUAGCAUAUAACUUAAUAUAUAUAACACCUUUUAUAUAUUUAUUAUUUUCUUUAAGAAGUAGAAAUAUUUUAGAAAACAUAUUAAAUAAUAAAAUAAUUAUUGAAAAUAUUUUAAGUAUUGAUGUAAAUAUAAUUAAUUUAUUUGAUUUGAUAGACAUCAUAUUUAUGUAUUCACAUUUAACUAGUAUAUAUAAAAUAUUAAACGAUAAUGAUAUAUAUAAAUUACAAAAAACAUUUAUUAUGUUAAUAAUUGUGUUAGUAUCAUUAAUAUUGUUUGGUUUUUAUUUUCCUAUAUAUACUAAUAUUGAGAAGUCUUAUUCAUAUAAUCAGGGAGAAAAUUUAAGUAUUAUACAAGAUGAUAAAGUAGAUAAGGGUUAUAGGAAUAAUAAGCACCAUAAUGUUCUUAGUAGUGAAGAGAAUAAUGAUAAUGAUGAUUAUGAUGAAGAUGAUUAUGAUGAUGAUGAUGAUAAUGCAAAUUAUAAUCAAUUAAAAGAUGAAGUUAAUGACUAUAAGAAAGAAAAUAUGACCGUUCCGAAAAAUAAAAUGUCUAUACAAUUAAAAAAAAAAAAUAAGAAGAAUGGAAAACAUUUGUUAUUAUCAAAUAAUCAUAUAUUUGAAAAUAAUAAAAAGCAAUAUAAUAAUUACCAUCAUGAUAAUAUGGAUAGUACCAUACAUAGUAUAAGAGAAAGUAAUGUAUCAUCUAUUACAUCUUUAAAUUCGAAAGAAUCUACAUAUGUUUCUUCUUAUAAAUCCAAACAAUUAAUAAAAAAAAAAUAUUCAUCAUCUAUGUCGUCAUCAUUUCAUUCACACCAUUCUACAUCAUCAAAUGAAGCAUCUUCUUCAGUAUAUUUACCAUCUCUCUCUUCAAUAAAUUCAAGAACCAAAAAAAAUAAAUCGAAUAAAUUAUAUCAAAGUAGAUAUAAGGAUGUAUAUACGGAUGUGUAUAUAACGGCAAAAUUUCACUUUAUCGUUGGGUUUCUUUUAAUAGACACUCCAUUUUUAAUAUACAGACUCCUUUUUUGUAUUAGGUAUAAAGUGAUGCUUACGCUUAUCGUAAAAAAUAUUUUGUUUCUACUUUUUCGAUCAUACAAACUAAACGAGUACAGACUUAUAGAAAAAGAAAAGCAUAAAAAGAAAAAGAGUAAAUUCGAUUUUCAUUUUUACAAUAUAUUUAAAUAUGACAGUGAAACGAAUGCUCAUGGAAAUGAUGGAAAUUUAGAAAACGAUAAAGAAGCAUCAACAAAUAUUCUACACAUGGUUGAUCGUAAUAAUAAUAAUUUAUUGGAACGUAAUAGCUUAUAUGAGAAAAAAAAAAAAAAAAACAGAAGAAGAAGGAAUAUAUUAUAUAAUGAAACAUCUAUCGCAAGAUUAAACAAAAAAUUUUUUAACGGAUAUGUAAAAAGUAGGAAUAGUUUAGAAUUUAAAUUAAAAAAAAGUAAACAAAGAAAUAAAAACAUUUUAAAAAAAAAAAAAAUGAAAAAGAAAAAAAAAAAGAAAAAUCAAGUACUUGAAAUUUUCAAGGAAGAAUUCAAAAAAAAUUCGCAAAAGGAAUUUUAUGACAAGCUAGCAAAGGAAAUGAAAAAUUAUAAAAGUACUACAAGUUGUGAUAAUAAUAAUGAUAAUGAUAAUAAUAAUGACAAUAAUAAUGAUAAUAAUAAUGAUCAAAAUAAUAAUAAUAAUAAUAAUAACCAACUUGUAGAAAGAUAUAUUAAUGAUAAUCCAAAUGAAGAAAAUAAGGAAAUCGAAAAUGUAAGUGAAAAUAUUUAUUCUAUAGAUAAUAAAAUUGAUAGACAUAUUAUACAUAGUAAUCAUUAUAAUGACAGCACUCCUCUAAAUACCAAAAGUGAAAAAAAUUGUUGUAAAUAUAGAAAUAUUAAAAAAAUGAAAAAUAAAAUAACAUCAAAAUCAUUAGUAACGACAAAAGCCAAAUUAAAGCCUUCGUGGAAGGAUAGAUUUCGUAUGAGAAGAAAAAGAAGGAAUUUUUUAAAAUUAAUUUAUAAAUUAAAAUAUAAAAGAGAUAUUCCUAUAUAUCAUUUUCAAGUGCGAGAUCAUUUAUUAGCUUUAUAUAAUUUUCUUUUUAAAGGUUGGAAUAAUGUAAAUUUUGUAUACUUUGAUGAUAAGUUGAUUUUUUCAUAUAUAACAAAUUUUCGAUUCAUGUUAGUAAUAUUAUUAGAUUAUAUAUUAAAAUGUGGAAUAACGUUUUUUUUUAUUUUUAUAUUAUUAAGAAGUCAUAUCUUUAUACAAAAUAAAGAUGUAAUAUAUAUACAUGACAUCCCUAUAAAAAAAAACCUUGUUGAAGAUAACUUAACAUUUCCACACAGUUUUAAUCUUUAUAAUUAUUCCCAUAUAUCAUUACCUAAUAAAUCCAUAGAUAUAAAAUAUAUAAAUAGACAUGUAGAAGAUCAUAGUGAUGAUUAUACUUAUAUAUUUAAUAAUGAUAAUAAUAAUAAUAAUGAUAGUAAUAAGUUGAAAGGAUAUAUAAAUAUGGAUAUCUCACAUAAUAUGUUUAAUUCAAAAUGGAAUGAAAUAUUUUUAAUAGAUAAAAUAUAUUUAUAUAUAUCUGUACUAUAUUUCUUUAUCUAUUUUUUAUUAUUUAUACGAACUUCUACUUUUCUAGAUAUUUUAUUUGUUGCUCUAUUUAAUACUAUAGCACACUUAUCUUUCUAUUUCUCCUUAAAGCAAUUCAUUUUAUUUUUUUAUACAUUUAAUGGUAAUAUAUAUAAUAGAGAUUAUAUAUAUUAUCAUCAACAUAUAAGAAAGUUAAAUUAUAACUUUGAGUACUUUUUUCUUUUAUUCUUUAAUAUACAUUAUUUCAUAUCCUUUAUAAAGCACUUUUCUCUUUUCAUGCGUAUACUUUUUAAUAUAAAGUAUAUAUACUACUACAGAAGUUCUCACCCAACCUCUAGUGAUAAGGAACUAAAAUAUUCAGUCAGUGUGUACAUUUUAUUUUUAAUAUGUAAAUAUUGUUAUGCCCCUAUAAAUUUGAAUAUGCUUUUAUUUGGUCAGAAUAUAUUAAAUAAUAUUAUAUUAAUAGAUAAUAUAAAUAGCUAUACGUGGUUAAAUAUCUUUCUCCUGAUAUUAUUCAAGACAAUACAAAUAUUAAUCACACAAACAAAUUAUUUCAUUAUAGGUCUUUUCAUUUUACAUAUACUUUUAUACAUUAUAUAUGCUAUACAUGCACAAAUAUUAAGAUAUAUUAUUCUUCGAAAAAUUGAAAUAUUGUAUGUUUUUAAAAACAUCUUAAUUUCUAUGUAUAAC